AUGGCUCGAGCGUUUUUCGGAAAAUCUGGGGUCAAUGCCUUUGAUCCCGUUCCUAUUCUACCCAACUUACAGCAGCAGGGAAAUGCAGCUGAUGUACCACCCAAUCAUUCGGGAGGCCAGACUUCCGCUGCUCCUCAAGAUAAGAUGCAAUAUCAAACAGACCGUCUUCUUUUGAAUCAAUCGAGGGACAAUAAGCUCAUGGAUAAUGGCGAUUCCUAUAAUAUAAAUAGCAUCACGGUUAACGAGAUGCUGAGCAACUUGGAGUCAAGUCAACAGAAAUUGGCAAACGAUAUCCGGAAGUUAGAAGAUUAUCGAGAUCUGGAAUAUGCUGGAGGAGUGGUUAGCAUAAGAAAUCAACUGGCUCAGAUGUUUCUCAGCUCCACCCAGAAUGCACAACGUAAACAGCAAAUAGCUAAUCCAAUCGAUGUACGAGUCAAUGUAUACGACUAA